AUGAUGCCAUUCUUUGCUUCAAAGCUGCUGCUUGAGACAUCAUGGACUUUGCUGCUUGCCAUCUUCCUGGCAGCCGGCGUAGUCGCGCAAACCUGUGUGCCGCCGCCAAUAGCGCUUCCUAUCAAAAACGUCACUUUAUCGACGGGCAAGAUUCAGCGCGGUGUGUUUCUCACUGUUGCUGAGCCCGAACAGAGCUUUGCCUUUUUGCCUUAUUGGCGAGUCAACAACACAUUCCUGUACGGCCCCGCUUGUGAUUCCUUGAAUCUCACCUGGGAAGGGGACUCAUGUGUGACCUUUCGAGGAGGCGUCUAUAAGCCAGCCGAUUCAACUACCAAGGGCGCGCCGCCAUCAAGCUUCAAGCCACCCACGGAGCCGUGGAGCUCCAAGACGUACAAGUUCUUCUCGGACAAAUUCAACGUGGCUAGCAACGUGAGCUUGGACAACUUUGUCUUUGCCAAUCCAGUCGAUUACACAGGGUGGGAUUUGCAGGGCUACGACCCUUUGAACAUGAUUGGCAUGGACAGGGGCUCAACCCUCAUGUCCGCGUUACGAAGCACCGGACGUAUUGCGUCUUCAGCAUUUGGAUUCUGGUGGGGGCUCGACGGCGUUGAAGACGACGACCAACAACAGGGCUCAUUUGUAUUAGGAGGCUACGACAAAGCCAAGACGUACGGCGACGGCGCCACGAUGCUCCUCAGUCAUCACGCCGACUGCCCGACGAGCAUGAUGGUCACCAUCCAAGACAUCACGAUGAACCUGGCAAACGGCACAGACGCAUCCAUCUUCUCCAAAGAAAACGGUGGCACGGCCUUGCUGGCCUGUGUUGUGCCACAGCGGGCAACUCUCAUGGACAUGCCUCGAUCUCCCUACUUUGACAAUCUGCUGGGUAUAAUUGGCAACACCGAGGCUGGUAGAUCCACGGGCAUUGACUGGUGGACCGUCAUCAUGGACCCUUCACUCGGCAUUUACAAUGGAGGCAUCACGUUCAAGCUCGGUGGCGGCAUCAAUAUCAAGAUACCAAACCACCAGCUCGUGGUUCCCGAGAGGAAAAUAGACAAGGAUGGCAAUCUGUAUGCGAAUGCCUCGCGGCCCGUCAUCCGCAUCAACUCUCUGCAGAAUACAACUGCCAACGUGCUGCCCAUCUUGGGGCGCUAUUUCCUCACCGGGGCGUACCUCAUGGGAAACUCUGGCGCCGGCAAAUUCACCAUCUGGCAGGCAAAUCCAACCACGGACCAGAGUCUAGUCGCAGUCAACGAUGGCAACGAGGUCUUUGAUCCCAGCAAGACGUGUGCCACCACACCUACGGCAUCAUUAAGCCCAAACGGUCCCGCCGGUGGAGCGGACAAGGCGUCUGGGGACAGUGGCAACUCGACGCUCUCCUCUGGUGCGGUAGCAGGCAUAGCUGUUGGAGCUGCUGUGGCGGCGUUGGCUUGUGCCGCAUCCAUCUGGCUGUUUGUUCGGAAGAGGCGGGCGUCCUUGAACCAGCAGCAAGGUCGCCGGGCCGAAGACGCGGUGCGGGAACCCAAGGCCGAUGGCGAGGCGGAAUAUCCGGCUCAGGGCAUUCCUCAUUUUAUCCCGCAGGAGCUGCCGGCGGUUGGGAGGGAAGCCCCGCCGAUAGAGAUGCCGGGCUGA